AUGGUGCCCACAGCGACGUCCGCGCGGCUGGACCCUCGCGGACUGUGCCCCCCUGCGCCCGCCUCGACAGAGCCCGCCCUGGGCUUGCUCUCCGCGGCCCUGGCUCCGGGGAAACUCCUCCGCGGAGGGUGGCCCGGGCCAGCAAGCGCCAAUCCGCGACAGCCCCGGGCCAAGCCAGCCAAUCGCCGGCCGGGCUCCGGAGCAGGGGUGUGGAAGGAAGCAGAGGACCAGGAGCCGGCAGCAGGGGGUCGGACACAGAAACUUCAGAAGGAACGCCUCAUGAAUGACUUCUCGUCAGCCUUAAACAAUUUCCAGGUUGUGCAGAGAAGGGUAUCUGAAAAGGAAAAAGAAAGUAUCGCCAGAGCAAGGGCUGGAUCUCGUCUUUCUGCAGAAGACAGGCAAAGAGAAGAGCAGCUCGUCUCAUUUGACAGCCAUGAGGAAUGGAACCAGAUGCAGAGACAGGAGGAUGAGGCGCCCAUCACUGAGCAAGACCUGGAACUUAUUAAAGAGAGGGAAACGGCGAUUCGGCAGCUGGAGGCUGACAUAUUGGAUGUCAAUCAAAUAUUUAAAGAUUUAGCUAUGAUGAUCCAUGACCAAGGUGAUCUGAUUGAUAGCAUAGAAGCCAAUGUGGAAAGCUCAGAGGUGCAUGUGGAGAGAGCCACUGAUCAGCUACAAAGAGCUGCUUACUAUCAGAAAAAAUCUCGCAAGAAGAUGUGUAUCCUUGUGCUUGUCCUGUCAGUGAUUAUUACAGUCUUGGUAGUUGUUAUCUGGGUUGCUUCUAAAUGA